UAAUUUGCUUAAAUCGCAGUUAAAUAUAAUAUUUCUAAAAAAUAUAUUGUUAAAAACUAAAAUAAUUAACAAGGCACUUCUUAUUAAAUAAUAAUGCAAUCCUUGGGUAAUAAGGGUCACAUAUCGGACCCAAUAUGGGAUUCAAAACAGUCGUAUAUCAUCGAAAUUGUCGAUAAAUCGGACAUUCAAUUAAACGAAGUGGUAGGGAGGGGUACGUUUGGUGCAGUAUGGAAAAGUGUGUGGAGAGGUGAUACUAUUGCCGUAAAGCAAAUAGACAAAGUGGAAACUACAGAUUAUAAUAAUGAGCUUGCACAAUUGUCGCGAAUAAAUCACCCAAAUAUUGUCAGACUGUAUGGCACCGCUCGUUGCAAUGACUAUCUAUGGCUGAUCAUGGAGUACGCCGAGUGCGGCAAUCUAUUUAACUUACUGCAUGGGGAUGAAUACUGGGUGCCAUACACUAUGUCUCAGGCACUCUCAUGGGUCUACCAGUGCGCACGAGGUGUUGCAUACCUGCACUCAAUGCAACCAAAACCGGUUGUCCACCGGAACCUCAAGUCUCCGAACUUGUUACUAUUUAAUGGAAAUACAGAGCUAAAAAUAUGCAAUUUCGGGACAGCGUGCGAAGUGUCCCAAUACAUGGAAAAUUGUAUUGGUACGGCUAGGUGGAUGGCACCGGAGGUGUUCAGGGGCACCACAUACAAUGAAAAGUGCGAUGUCUAUAGUUGGGGCAUAAUAUUGUGGGAGGUGUUGGCCCGUAGGCUCCCAUACGAUCGGCUCGAGCGCAUGGAAACCAUACUAUGGGCGGUGCAUAGAAACAAAAGGCCGUUCCUUUUACAGGGCUGUCCACCUGUUAUUGAAAAUCUAAUGACUAUAUGCUGGUCACCGGAGUUGGCACUUAGGCCGUCCAUGGACGACGUGGUGAAAAUCCUAUUUCGAUCUAUGACCAACUCAAAUUUUGAUUUGCUACAUUUGCCACUAAGGCCAAUAAGUGAUUUUAAUCUCGAUGCCAAGCAAUCGCCCGGUGCUGCCCAUUCAACACAACUUAAACACCCGGAGGACAGUACCUCCAGUUUUAGCAAAGUUAUGAAGCGCGACACCACUGAAGUCCGAGCCCUAGUCUUGUUUUCAAAUAAAACUAUAUUGACUAAACGCACCGGCACAUACCAGUCCCUCUUCAUAACCGAUUGUGGACAUAAACGGUACGGAACUCCACAAACUAUGCAAAAUAUACAGCCAUCGGACGUCCAACUAAUACAGGCAGUUGGCAGUGGGGCGUAUGGUGUUGUGUACAGGGGCGUGUGGAAUGGUAAUACGGUGGCGGUUAAACAAGUAGCGACUAUUCAUACAAAACAUUACGACGCUGAGCUAGCACAACUAUCGCAAUUAAUACACCCUAAUAUAGUGCGCCUAUUGGCCACCGCGCGCGACAAUAUCUCCCAGUGGCUGAUCAUGGAGUUUGCAGAGUGUGGCAGUUUGCACCAUGAAUUAUACGCAUCCGAGAUACCGGUUCCCUAUACCAUAAUACAGGCGCUCUCAUGGCUGUAUCAGUGCGCCCGCGGGAUCUCAUACAUGCACUUCAUGCUACCCAACCCUGUCGUGCACCGGGACCUCAAACCACAAAAUCUGUUAUUAUUUAAUGAUAAAAGUUUACUAAAAAUUUGUGACCUAGGCACAGCUCGCUAUGUAGCCAGCACCAUGUCAAAUAACACGGGAUCAGCAAGGUGGAUGGCGCCCGAAGUAUUCAGAGAUAACCAAUACAAUGAAAAAUGUGAUGUCUAUAGCUUUGGUGUAAUUGUAUGGGAAUUAAUGGCCAGACAAUUACCAUUUACCUUGCUCGAUUCGAUAUACGCUAUUCUAUGGGCAGUUAAUAGUGGUGAACGGCCCCCACGUUUUGCUAACUGUCCACAUAAUAUUGAUAAUCUAAUGACUAGGUGUUGGGAUAAGGAUCCCACUGUUAGGCCGUCCAUGGAUACGGUAGUGGGUGAAAUAGAAAAUAUUUUUGAUGACUUUUAUGAUAUGUACCAUGCACCGAUUACACCACCAGAUAGUGGAUCACUGGCACCAGUUCCAGGACUAAGUCCACUUCCAGCUCCGGCUAACGGUCCAACUUCAGUUCCUAUUGGAGCUCCAUUCAUUUCCGAGUCCACCUGGUACUCCACCAAAAAUGUCAGACCCAACGCCAGAUCCAAUUCCAGGUCCCUUAGCACCAGUUACAGUUCCAAGACCCGAGUUAGGUCCAGUUCCACCACUAGGCCCAACUCCACUUCCAGCUCCAGCUGCAGAUCCAAUUCCAGCUCCAGUUAUAGAUCCAACUCCACGUCCUAUUCCAGAUCCGACUCCAGAUCCCAAUCCCAAUGUGGCUCCACCUAUAAGGUCAUUUCCUGCUUGAGCACCAAUAUCUCCUCCGUGAUGACCACCAGUUACAGCUCCAAAUAA